AGGAACCUGUUGGCUCAGAUCCCGCCGGUGAAUCGGCGGCCAGGCCCGACCAGGCAUGGGGACGGUCAUGGAGGAGAGGGUGAAAAAGAUGCUUGGGGGCAACCUCAAGCCAGAGAUGAAAGCCCUGAUGCAAGACUUGGGACCCGACUUCAAAUUCCCUGAGUGGAAGUAUCGUAUGAACAAGUUGGACUCCUGUAGUAGUGAGGAUGGAGUCCAAUUCGAGGGUGCUGGAUAUGCAGCGGGGCCCAGCGGAACAGCAUCUGGAGGCUCAGCUCCAUCAUUGGCAGGAACUAUGCCCAAGCAGUCCCUGCUGCACGAACUAGUUGGGAUCGAUCGAAUGGACAAAGUUGCCAAACAACUCGACAAAGGAAGCGAUGUGAACAUCUUGGACUGUAUGGGUGAAACACCCUUAUUUUGGGCAGUCUCCGGAGAGGCUGUGGACUAUUUGGUGCGAGAAGGAGCAGAUAUCGAGCAUCGAAACACGCUGUCCAACUGCUCGGCUUUCUACAAGUUUGCCUGCCAGGGCCAGCAUCGGCCUUUGAAAGCGUUGGCUCGGUACUUGAAGAAGGCCGGGGUUUUAGAGAAAUACGUCGACGAAGCAUCUUCCAUCACCAAGAGAAGCCCUCUACAUGCGGCAGCUCACAAUGGAUUCGUUCAGACGGUGAAAGAGCUUUUGUCCAUGGGAGCAGACACAGACGCCAAGGACUAUCUGGGAAAAACUGCCCUAGAUUUGGCCAGAAACCGUGGAUUUGACCAGGUGGUGAAUCUCUUGGAAUGAGAGACCCUUGCCUCUUCCUUGCGAAAAAGAA